UGAUAAGAGGUACAGGUGAUUAUUGCUCAUCUUUCUAUUUUAAAUGGAUGGACACAUUUGCAAAUCGGACAAACAAACAGCAGAACGUCUUGAAAAUGUUGGGCGUAAAACCAGUAAGGUAUUUAGAUUAAUAACAGAUUAAUAACAUACAGAUACAGUAUACAGAUUAAUAACAGCGGGUGUUAGGUGCAGGUCAAGGUAGACAACGCCGGCUCAAGACUUAUCUACCAUGUGAGUUGGAUUGUGACACAACUUGCAGAGUGAUUACAGCAGUUUCAGGUAAGACUAAUCAAGGUUUGAAAGGUGUGUUCAGCUUAUCUAUGAGAUGGACGUGUUCUGGGUGAUGUGACCGCUGCACAUCACACUCUCCGCUACCCUCCACGGACCCCACCCCCACCCUUCCACUCUACCUGUGUGGAGGCAGCGUUUUUGAAAACUGAAGCCCAGGUGAGCUCAGCACACACGAAGCAUGGACUCACUACACCCGCCGCAGCAAAUGACUGCUCAAAACAACUGCAGGGAAGACCCCAAUGGAAAUAAAAGCACAGAGGUCAAAGUGAGCCCUGCACACUCCGUUCUGGCUUUGAUUGAGGAGGAACCGGAGGAUGCAGACCCAUGGGACAUGCCAGAGCUAAAGGACACAGGGGUCCCUUGGUCAGCUCUGGAUACCAAUGGGAAGGUGUUGAGGGUGUUGGUGUCAGUGGGGAAGUUGAUCCUGCUGCUGGGUUUCCUUUACAUGUUCAUCUGCUCUCUUGACAUCCUCAGCUCAGCUUUCCAGCUUGUUGGAGGUAAAACUGCCGGUGACAUAUUUCAGGACAACACAGUUUUGUCCAACCCUCUAGCUGGUCUGGUCAUUGGUGUGCUUGUUACCCUGCUGGUCCAGAGCUCGUCCACUUCCUCCUCCAUAGUUGUCAGCAUGGUCUCCUCUGGACUGCUAACAGUCCAGGUGGCUGUUCCUAUCAUCAUGGGCACCAACAUCGGCACCUCUGUCACCAACACACUAGUCGCCAUGACGCAGGCUGCUGACCGCAGCACCUUUCGCAGGGCUUUUGCAGGCGCCACAGUGCACGACUUCUUCAACUGGCUCUCUGUGUUGGUGCUGCUGCCUCUUGAGGUUGCCACUGGUUAUAUGUAUGUAGUCACCAAGCUCAUCAUCGACUCCUUUAAAAUUCAGAGUGGAGAGGCCCCAGACCUGUUAAAUGUGAUCACUGAUGUCCUAACGGAGUCAAUUAUACAGUUGGAUGAGUCUGUUAUUACUGAGAUUGCCACCGGACAUCCAGAAGCCAGGAAUAAGAGUCUCAUCAAAAUAUGGUGCCAAACCUUCACAAACACAACCUUAAUGAACGUUACAGUUCCUGGUCCAGAGAACUGCACAUCUCCUUCUCUCUGCUGGGUUGAUGGCAACUACACCUUCACACAGAAGAACAUUACUGAAACAUACAAUGUCCAGAAAUGUGAGCAUCUCUUUGUGGAUGUGAAUCUGCCAGACCUGGCAGUGGGUCUGAUCCUGCUGGCUCUCUCUUUGUUGGUGCUCUGCUCCUGCCUGAUCCUGAUCGUCAAGCUGCUCAACUCCAUGCUGAAGGGACAGGUGGCUGGAGUCAUCAAGAAGAUCCUUAACACUGAUUUCCCUUUUCCAUUUGGUUGGGUCACUGGUUACAUUGCCCUUUUAGUCGGAGCUGGAAUGACCUUCAUUGUGCAGAGCAGUUCUGUUUUCACUUCUGCUAUUACUCCACUUGUUGGUAUUGGUGUCAUCAGCAUAGAAAGAGCAUACCCAUUGUCUCUGGGUUCAAAUAUUGGCACAACAACCACAGCCAUCCUUGCAGCUAUGGCUAGUCCUGGAGACACACUGGCCAAUGCUCUACAGAUUGCCCUCGUGCACCUCAUGUUCAACGUCUCUGGCAUCAUCCUGUGGUAUCCAAUUCCCUUGACUCGCUUACCUAUCCGGUUGGCUAAAUCCAUGGGCAACAUCACCGCCUCCUACCGCUGGUUUGCUGCUGUCUACAUCAUCAGCUGCUUCUUCAUUUUACCUUUGUUCGUCUUCAGCCUGUCGCUGGCUGGCUGGCAGGUACUGGUAGGCGUGGCUGCACCUCUGGUCCUCAUGUUGAUCAUCAUCAUUGUGAUCAACAUCCUGCAGAAACGGAAACCCAGGUGCCUGCCUGCAGCACUGCGAUCCUGGGACUUCCUCCCUCUAUGGGCCCACUCUCUGGCUCCCUGGGACAAAGUGGUUGGUAUGAUUACUGGCAAAUGCUGUUGCUGCUGCAAAUGCUGCCAGGUUUCUGCUUAUGAUGAAGAACACAGUGAGAAAGCAUCCGUGGAGAAGAACAAGAAACCACGCACAGAGGUUUAUGAUAACCCUGCAAUGAGUGCAGAGAAGGAGGUGGAAAAUGAGAUAAAGAUAGAGCUAAAGAUUCUGAAAAUGACCCAGCUUUGAGAUUAUAUAUACAUAUUAACAGUACACAUGUAUAUAUAUAUGUGUGUGACUAUGUGUGAAUGAUGCAAAGAAAUGCACUGGUCAUGGCACAAAACCAAACAAAUUUAGGCAAACUCUCUAAUUUCCAUAAUAUUCAUGUUAUUACUCAGAUCCUUUAGUCUGAGAUGGAGUAUGGUUUUUGAGAGAAUUCCAACUCUCAGCGUAUCAAGAGCCAGACAAAAAAAGUAACACAUGGAGGAAAGUGUUGGUCUUUCAGCUGUAUGAUGUUAACUGAUGUGGCCUUUAAAUAAUAAGACUGGCAAUAUUAUUAUUUAUUGUUAUUGUCAACAAAUCCCAUCAAUAUACCAAAACCAACAGUGCAUUUGUUCAUCUCUCAAUACUUUUUGACCUUCCAUACUCUGUCUUUGGCUUUCAACCUCAAGCCUUUUGAAGACAUAAAUCUUAAAGCAAUUCAGUCCAGUUUUCAAUUUUUAGUUCACAAAUAUAUAAAAAAUAUAAUAUAGUUGCAUUUUUGAAAAGGCUUAGUCAUUUCUUAAAGCAUCUGGGCACUGUAGUUUUUAGCAAACAUUACAUUAAACAGAAGGAAAUGGUGCAUUUGUUGGGGACUAUUUUCAGCUGCCGGUUAAUACUGAGCAUUUCUGGCAGCAGGAUGAUGCAUGUGGGAUUGACAAAAAAGAAACAUUUGUUCAUGGUAAUGAAGGAACAUGUCACCCAGUGCAACGGUGUGGUUCAUUAAUGUGUUUUAAUAGGCUAGUGUUUUAGCUAUGCUAGCAGCUUAGUUUGAUUCUCCCAUUUUAGCAAAUACUUAAAAGUUUUCUGAACUACUCAAUCCAUGAUUUUCAGUUUGUUGAUCAGUGUAAACGACAAAGAAUCAACAAUAAAUCGUGAUAUUUAUUUAAGGUGAUAUUGCCCGGCACUGCUAAUUAGCAAACGUUAGCAUGCUAACAUUUCAAAGUAAGAUCAUGAACAUUUACCUGAUAAACAUGAGUACAUUGGCAUUGUCAUUGUGAGCACGUUAACAUGCUAAUGUUAGCAUUUAUCUCGAGCACUGCUGUACAGAACUUGGUAAAAGGUCUAUGUCUAUGAGGAAUAAUCAGGCUUUGGCUACACUGUGAUUGCUUGUUAGUGGUAUCAAUGCUUCAUUGUGUAUAUUUGGUAUUUUCAUGGGAUUUAUGAACAAUAAGAAAAACAUAGAAUAUUGCCAGACAUAUAUACUAUUUGAUUUUUGAACAAACUGCCAUUUAGAUAACAUAAAAGGAUGAAUCAAAAUUUACAAUUUACCAAAUAUGGUUAUUUGUAAUCAAAUGGUGAGAAAAGUCCAUAACUGAUGUUCAUAACAAAGUACAUUACAAAGUAGAUCAAUGCAAACCUAUUGCAGCAUUUGGUCAUUUGGCUGUUAGGUUCUUUUAUAGGCCUUGUUGUUAAACUGUGAAAACUCCUGAGGAUGCUAUGGCCUUUGUGCACUGCAGUAGAUAAUGUAGUCAUUGUAGUCAGUCAUGAUCAGUUCUGCACAACACCUGCUUGGCAGAGUGCAGGUUUGAUUUGACAAACAGAUUUACUCAUGUUUCCACAUUUCAUCUUUUGUUUUUACAGAGAAAAAUCUUUUUUUAAACUGUGUAUUAAAAACACAUUGACAUCAUCAACACAUCGUUUUAAGAUGUAAAAAUUAUUUUGUAAAUCAGAAGCAUAAUUGUGUUCAACGAAUAUGUAGUUUAAAAUUAGAUGAAUGUGCAUCUAACUAAAUAUUUUUAACUUUUAAUGCUUAAUGUUGAGUUGUAUAGGCUACUGUGUCUCAAUAAUACCUGUGUGGACAUUUACAAAUUAAAUAAAAAAAUUAAUUAAUACUGAUACCUAAUUGAAACAUUAUUUUUUUAAUUUAUAAAAGAAAUGUCCUACUCACAGGGCAGAAACCACAGCACUCAUCGCUUUAAAUGUGUCCUCAUUUGAAAAAGUUGAUAACUGAACCUUUAUCAUAGGUAUGAUUAGGUGUAUGAGAACAGCAUGGUGGUAUAUUAUUGUCAGUAUUAUUAAUGAUUCACUAUUUUUGUAAUGGCCUUCUUUCAGAGAGUCAGAUAGUUUGCUAGUUUAUGACCUUUCUGUUCGAUUUGUGAGUUUUUUUUAUUUUUAUUUUAUUUUAUGUGUCUGGGGCAACACAGCUAAUAUACAGAAAACAGUUUACCGGUUCUGACCAGUAAACUGUUUCCUGUAUAUUCGAUGUUAGUAAACCAUGUGCAAAGAACAUAAGAUGGAUUAUCAGUAUGUCAAUAUGCACAACUGUGCCAAAGCACACGAACAAUCACAAGACACUUUCCACAUGGUCCACUGACACUCUCUAAAAAUAGCAUUAUAAUAAGAUACUUGUAACCUACUUUAUUUAGGUUUACAGGUCUACUUUCGUAUGGAAAUAUUGUAUUUUUUACCCCACUUUCACUGUACUUGUUUAACAGCUGUAGCUACUAGUUACUUUUCAGAUUAAGCUUUGACAUCACCAUCCAGUCAGAAUCAAUCAGCUAGUAGACAGGAAGUUAACUGAGUUGUACUUUCAAAAAUUACAGUUUUUAGGGGUGCAAACAGUAUGCUAAACUUAACUACCAGCCCUUUAUAAAUGUAGUUAUCCCGUUGUUUUAACUAUAGAAAUAUGUAUGUUUCUGACAUUGUAGUUUCAAAUGAGUGGGAAGUAUGCGAUUAUGCUAACCUAGCUAAUUUUAUCCUAAAAUAAAUUGAUGUUUUCAAAUAUU